AUGGAGGAAACUGAAGAAAAAAAGGAGGAAGAUCAGGAAGAAAAGGUAGAAGUAAAAGAGGAACCGAAAGAGGAACUAAAAGAGGAACCGAAGACUCCUAAGCGAGAGAAGGUUGCGUGGAGUGAUGACCUCAGUCAUGAUUCAGAGGAGGACAGAGAAAGAGAACGCUUAGCCGAGCUCGCCAGGCAACUAGCUCUUCUUCCAAAGAAACCAGUUUACGAAGAUGAGGAACUACAAAAACUCAUCACUUUCAUCAUGCAGAUAACGACACUCUUCGACUUACGAGACGAAGACUGGACUGACGACGUUAAACAAGGAAUAGAGGACUGGAUUCUCGAACCUAGAGCUCCUAUACUAUGUAUUUACUUCCGAGGAGAUAAGCUUAAAGCCACAAGUGACGUUCCUCUUGCCCCUGUAUACGACUUAACGUAUUUUAUAAGGCAACUCGAUUUUGUCUUCAAAGCGGAGACUUUUCAUGAAGAUAUAGUGUUCGGAACCUUUGUUGAUUCCGUCGAGUCAAACAUGAUUGCGAUCCUGGAAAUGGUGUACGCGCCUUAUUUCUUUGCGAUCACUACUUGGCCGGAUAGUGUUAAAAGUGAAUUCUGCACGCAGCUCCACACCUUCCUAGCCAAGCUUACAGACAUGUAUUAUAAAAUGCUCGGUCUGACCGUCUUGUACAUACCUCGUGAAGGCCAGAACAUCUCGUAUGAAAUGGCUAGUGCAGAUCGCGAGCUGGUGAAGAGAUUAGAAGGCGUGGUGGUGUACUGGACUCAUCAGAUGAAAUCUUGCCUGGAAGAUCAGGCCUCAGUGACGUCAUCUAAAGAACUACUGUGCCCCAGUGAUGAAUACGACUUCUGGAUUUAUAGACAUGAAAAUCUUAACGCUUUACUACAUCAACUGAAGAAUCCAGCCGUGAAACAUAUUACAAAGAUCUUGGUGACGACACACUCCACGUUCAUCCACCAAUUCCAAGCACUUUGCGAGGACGUCAUCCAAAAGAUAAAGGAAGCAAAGGCAAACAUCGAAUUCCUACAAGUUAUUAAGCAACCCUGCGCCGUAUUAGAAUGUGUCAUUGAUCCUGAUGAAAUUCCAAAAUAUGUUCCCCAAAUUAUAAAUCUGUUUAGAUUUAUUUGGAAAGAUUCCCCGUACUACAAUUCAGAAGCCCGAAUCACCAAUUUGUUCAAAGCUCUGAGUAACCAAAUUAUUAUCCUGUGUCGAACGUACAUUAAACUGGACGAACUAUUUGAGGGUCAAACUAAGAAAGCUAUGGGUGAAUUCAGCAAGUGCAUUGAUUGCUGUAAGAAAUACAGAGAGGUUUAUGAUGUUAUGGCCGACGCACAUAACGAAAUCGAACCAGCGAGUUGGGAACUCGAUACGGGGUCUAUAUUUAAUUAUAUCGAUUCGUUUACACAAAGAUGUUUCGACAUGCUUGAUGUUUGUAACUGUAUGAUUAUUUUUGGGAGAAUUGACGAGUUAGAAGAAGUGCCGAAGCCAAUAUUUGGUGGUGCCCACGGCGAAGAAUUCGAAAAUAAGUGUGAACAAAUUGAGCAUAUGUUUCACGAUGCGUUGAAUAAUAUCAGGAGAGUCAGCAGUACAAUUCUAGACGUGCAAGCACCGUCAUGGUAUGAUGACAUAUUGACUUUCAGAACCGUGAUAAAAGACAUAGAGAUCAUAAUAGAGAAUUUAGUUGAUUCAGUGUUUGAAAACGUGAAUCACGUCGAAGAAGCAGUCGUGGCUCUAUUCUCGUUGAACAACUAUGCGAAGAGGAAGAACCUAAAACGAAUUUUCAAGAGGAAGACGGCAGAAGUAUGGGCAAUGUUCAGCGAUGAGGUGCAGGAAGCUAAGAAGGAUAUGGUGACGACGCGGAGUCAGCAUCCAGCUGAUCUACCGUCGUUUGCUGGCAGAGCAGUCAUUUUACGUAUGAGGAAGAAUCGGUUGCUUUAUUUGAAAAGGGUUAUGACCGACGCUUCCGUGUGGUUGAUGCCGUGCAGCAACUCGGAAGACGUAAUCAUGCACGCAAAUAGACUGAUGGGAGCAAUCGAUGUCGCUAUCAGGGAGCUUUGGAUCUUUUGGACUCACAAUUUAGACGAAAAGUGUGGGGCGGGUUUAAACAAAACCUUGAUGAGAAGGAGUGCUGAAAAUCCGGGACUACUCGAAUGUAAUAUUGAUGUGAGUAUCUUGGACCUGUGUAAAGAAGCGCAACAUUGGGAAAACCUGAAACUGGAUGUGCCAAUCAACGCUUAUCAGGUCUACUCCAAAUGUAAAAACGUGUAUUUUGUUUAUGAAAGCGUACUGGCUGUUGUUAAAGGAUAUAACAAGAUUUUAGACUCGCUAUCUGAUGAAGAAAGGCUUCUUUUCAAGCCGUUAACAACAGCCUGUGAAAAAAAGGUCCAACCCGGUAUUACAAAACUGACCUGGACUUCGACUAUGUCUGAUGCUUAUAUUGCUGAUUGUGUGCAGCAAAUUGGAGAAUUGCAAGAUUUCCUAACAACUUACAAAAAUUGUAAUGUUAAUCUGGUUAAAAUUAUGGAAAAAAUAUGCGAUACCCCGUUGAUCGAGUUUGACAUUUAUAACGUUUUUGACAUAAAACAUCUUAGAAAAGAAAUAAGACGCAUGCAAGAAAAUGCUUCUUUAGAUAUAUUAGAAAUGUAUAAAUUGAUUAUUACCUAUCUAGUUAUCGUUUAUGAAGGUUUUGAAUCCCAAAUUACUCAGAUGGCUGAACAUUGGAUUAAAUAUGUGAGAAGAUAUGAUGGCUUACUUGAAGAUGCUUUGCGACUGGCUGUUAAAUGUACAAUGCAAAAUAUGUACAAAUGUGUACACGGUGACGGGACAAUGGCGCCGUCACCUCUUAUUAAAAUGAAUUUGUACCUUGAGCAAAAAGAUGUAUUUUUCAUACCAGGUCGAUACGAAAUAAGAGAUACUUUUAAUACUAUACUGGAAGAAAUUAUUCAUAUCGUAAGCACUAUUCCACGUCUUUUUGAAAAGUUUACAUUACCAGCGGGACCUUUGAAGAAGUUCUGGGAAGUAUUACAGACAGAUCCAGAUAGUAAUAAACUACAAUCGUUAAUAGAAGAAGAAAUCGAAUAUAACAUUUCGCUAAUAGACGUUCACAUCUCCAUGUGGGAUCCUUACAGUCACAUUUGGGUUGUAGACAAAGAUGAAUUUUUGAAGAAGUAUUACGAAGAAGGUCACACUGCAAAUGAUUUCGAUAAUUUAAUCAUUAGUUAUAGUGACUUAGCGAAUACUGUACAAAUACAAGAAACUGUUAAUCAGGUACAUUUUGUAACGCUAAAUUCGAGUGAAUUGAAAAAAGCUAUCAUAGCACACUGUCUUGUUUGGCAAAUUAAAUUAGGAGAGCUGUUGAGAUCUAUGACAGAAGAAAAUAUUGAUCGUGUGUACACAUAUGUAGAGAAAAGUAGCGAAGAUGCAAUGAGGGCACCUGCAACGUUAAAAGAGCUUGCAACUUCAAUAGCUACAUAUGAACGCCUUCUUUCUGAGGUGCCUAUUAUGGAAAAAACUUUCCCACCUAUUUCUGAUCAAAUGACUACACUGGGUAAGUUCGAAGUAGAAGUAAGUUCUGACAUGACUACAAGGCACGAAAAUAUUCCUGUGAUAUGGGCUGAGUAUUUGGCUCUUCUUGAGGAAGCGAAAAAAAAUUUAGAAGCCAACAAAGAAAAAUUCAAGGCAGAACUAUUAGAACAAGCCGAGCAAUUUAAAGAAGCUGCCAAAGAAUUUUGCGAAAACUUUUAUGCAACUGCUCCUAUUAGUUCUGACAUAAGUGCUAAAGAUGCUGUAGCUCAAUUGAAACAAUUCAGGGAAAUGUUAAAUGCUCUACGAGCUCAAGAAGCUGAAAUUCGAGAUGGAUUAGCAGUAUUCAAUUUAACGCUGCCAGUGAAUCUAGAUCUUGCGAAAAUGGAGAAAGAACUGGAGAAACUGGAGGAAGUUUGGGGUUUAGUACUGCAAUGGGAGGAAUCGUGGGAGAAAUAUAAGUCACAAACCUUUUGGGAAAUGGAGACUGACGAAAUGGAGGAAAAUGUCAUGUUUCUCUUUAGAAACUUUAAUCGCCUUUCUCGGCAACUCAAGGAGAAGAAUUGGGAAAUUAUUGAUACCACUCGCGUCAAAGUAGAUGCUUUUAGAAGAACUUUACCUUUGAUAGGUGAUUUGAAAAAUCCUUGCAUGAGAGAAAGACAUUGGGAUAGAAUAAAAGCUCUUGUAGGAGUUGAUUUCGAUCAGUAUUCACCGGAUUUCAAGUUAGAACUCAUUAUGAGAUUGAACUUUCAAGCUUAUGCAGAAGAAAUUGCUGAAAUAUCAAAUGCGGCCACAAUGGAAUUGGCUAUCGAGAACGGUUUGAAAGCAAUCAGAGAAGUAUGGAAAAGCACCACAUUCGAAAUGUCCCAUCACAAGGGUGACAUGUACAAAAUUAAGAACGUAGAAGAAGUUUCUCAGUUUUUAGAAGAUCACCAAGUUCAACUUUCGUCAAUGAAGUCUACUAAAUACGUUGAACCUUUUAUAAAAGAAGUCGAUUAUUGGGAAAAAUCUUUGGGAAUCGUUGCAGAAUGCAUUGAGAUCGCUUUACAAGUCCAACGUCGAUAUUUGUAUUUGGAACAAAUAUUCAGCGGGGAAGAUAUUAGAAAACAACUGCCAGCUGAAGUUGAAAUCUUCGAAGGUAUUAUGGCCGACUGGACUGAUAUAACUUUCAAUAUGCAUAAAGGAGCCAAUGCUGUUGAAGCCAUAUUAUUUAAACCACCACCUUACUUGUUUAAUAAACUUAAUCAAAUGGUUGAUAACUUGGAUAACAUUCUAAGAGCUUUGGAAAAAUACCUGGAGACUAAACGUCAGUUAUUUCCAAGAUUCUAUUUUAUAUCUAACGACGAUUUAUUGGAAAUUCUUGGUAAUUCUAAGAAGCCUCAACUAAUUCAAGUUCAUUUGAAGAAAUUAUUUGAUAAUGUUAACAAAAUUCGGAUUGAAAAGAAUUCAGUUGGCCUUCCGGUAGCAAAGGCGAUGAUGUCUGAGGAUGGAGAGUGUAUAGAAUGGAAAUACAACUUGAUCCUGGAUGGACCGGCGGAGACCUGGCUGCUCAACCUCGAACAUACCAUGAGAGUUGUGCUUAGAGAUAACUUGAUAUUAACUCGAGCCGCAUUACGUAAGUGCAAAUAUCAAAGAGAACAAUGGAUCAACGAUUAUCCGGGACAACUGGGUAUAACUUCCAGUAAGAUCGCCUGGACCUCGGAAUGCACUCGCACACUUUGUCGCUGCGAAAUAAUGAAGGAGAAAAAACCACUGAAAAGACUGCGCAAAAAACAGAACCUUAUCUUGACCACGCUACAAAUGAUGUCCAGAAAGGAUAUCCCGAAGAUAUUAAGAUGCAAAGUCAACGCCCUUUGCGUUAUUGAGAUCCAUUCUAGGGAUACCGUUGAUAGAAUGUAUAAAAUGGGUUGCAUGACUGUAACGGCAUUUGAAUGGUUCUCGCAACUCAAGUUCUUCUGGGAUCGCGAACGUGAAGAUUGUUAUAUCAGACAAACUAAUACAAAUUCCAUUUACACAUACGAGUACAUUGGGAAUUCUGGUCGGCUCGUCAUUACGCCUCUUACUGACCGAUGCUACAUCACCCUUACGACAGCAUUACACUUGUUCCGCGGCGGGAGCCCUCAAGGCCCCGCCGGUACAGGCAAGACAGAGACCACCAAGGACUUGGGCAGAGCGCUGGCGAGAUGGGUGGUCGUCACUAACUGCUCCGAUGGGCUUGAUUACAAGUCCAUGGCCAAAUGCUUUGCAGGCAUCGCCCAAAGCGGAUGUUGGGGUUGUUUUGACGAGUUCAACCGCAUCAACAUCGAGGUGCUAUCCGUGGUCGCGCAGCAGAUCUUGGCGGUGCUAUUGGCACUGUCCCUCUUCCAGAAACGGUUCAUGUUUGAAGGAUGCGAGAUUAAAUUGGAUGCCAACUGUGGCGUUUUCAUUACUAUGAAUCCUGGCUACGCUGGGCGAACUGAGUUGCCAGAUAACCUCAAGUCUAUGUUCCGUCCUAUAGCGAUGUGUGUGCCAGAUUCGCUCAUUAUAGCUGAGAAUACUCUGUUUUCUGAUGGUUUUACCGCUUAUAAGGUCAACGCCAAAAAGGUGUUCACUCUGUACCAACUGGCCAUGCAGCAGCUGUCCAAACAAGACCACUACGACUUCGGUCUUCGGUCGAUGGUGGCGUUGUUACGUUAUGCAGGUGUCAAGCGUCGCGCGUACCCGCAUCUGCCGGAACAAGAGAUGGUAAUCCUAGCUAUGAGAGACAUGAACGUCGCCCGUUUGACGGCCAAAGACGUGCCCCUAUUCGACGGGAUCAUGCGCGACAUAUAUCCCGAAGUGGAAAUACCAACAUUGGACUAUGAAGUAUUAGAGACUGCUAUCACAGCGGAGAUGAGGUUGAUAGGGCUGCAGCCUACUAAAGCCGCUUUGUUAAAAGUCAUACAGACUUUUGAGACUAAGAAUUCCCGUCACUCGAGUAUUCUUCUUGGCAACACGAACACAGCCAAGUCUGUCUCAUGGAAGAUGCUGGCGGCGACUCUAACAAGACUCCACAAUGAAGGCGUCGCAGGGUUCGAGACAGUUCAGCCUCACCCAUUGAACCCUAAAGCGUUGACGCUUGGAGAAUUGUACGGAGAGUUCAACCUUGCGACUGGAGAGUGGAAAGAUGGUGUGCUUUCGUCUAUCAUGCGGAAUACUUGCCAAGAUGAAUCACCUGAUCUAAAAUGGAUCAUAUUCGAUGGUCCAGUAGACGCGGUGUGGAUUGAGAACCUCAACUCCGUGAUGGAUGAUAACAAACUGCUCACGCUUGUCAACAGUGAGAGGAUAUCCAUGCCAGCGCAGGUAUCCCUUCUGAUUGAGACGCUCGACCUAUCAGUAGCGUCGCCGGCGACGGUGUCUCGCAACGGCAUGGUGUACAAUGAUUACAAGGACUGGGGCUGGUGGCCGUUCGUUAACUCUUGGCUGGAGACCAUCAUUGACCCGGAUUAUAGGGAGCUGCUCCGUCAAAACUUCCAACGGAUCCUAACCCCGGUGCUAGAGCUAAAGCGGCUCCACUUAGCUGAAGGCGCAUCAGUGAGAGGUCAGGAAUUGACUGGGGUGCGAUCCUUGUGUCGUCUGUUGGGACACUUGCCCAUACCCGCACCGCCUGCGCCCGAUGAGGAAGAUAACGACGUCUUCACCAAGAUGAGAUUCCUUUUCGCCUUGAUCUGGUCAGUGUGUGCAACGCUGGAGGAUGAGCCGCGCCGCCGCCUGGACAACUGGAUCCGCGAGCACGAAGGAGUAUUCCCAUUGAAAGACACCGUCUACGAUUACUAUGUGGAUGAGAGACUGCGGGUUUUCAAACCCUGGGAGGACAAGCUGCCUGAUAACUGGAGAUUUAAUCCUAACCUCGGUUUCCACAACAUUCUAGUACCGACUGUGGAGUUCAUACGUGUACAGCUCAUUGCCCUGGACAUGCUGAAGGCAGGGUAUGGUGUGCUUAUAGGCGGCCCUACUGGCACCGGGAAGACCUUCCUCAUCCAGGGAACUCUGAGUAGUUUAGAUGCGACCAGAUAUAGUACUCAAGUGAUAAACAUGUCUGCGCAAACGACGGCUGCCAAUGUCCAAGAUAUCAUAGAAGCCAGGUUGGAGAAGAGAACCAAAGGGAACUACGUACCCGCUGGAGGUAAGAAAAUGAUAGCGUUCAUGGACGACAUAAACAUGCCUGUACGAGACGAGUACGGGUCGCAGCCGCCAUUGGAGCUGAUGCGCCUGUGGCACGACUACGGGUACUGGUUUGACCGCGCUAAGCAGUGGCGGAAGAAUGUUAAGAAUAUGGUGCUAGCGGGUGCAGCAGGGCCGCCGGGCGGCGCGCGGUCGCCGCUGCCGCCGCGCUUGCUGUCCUGCUUCCACGCCUUCUACCUCACCGCGCCCACCGAGCAGCAGCUCGUCAAGAUCUUCGGCACCAUGAUCCGCCAGCACCUGCAGGACUUUGACGAGGAAACCAAGGGCGUUGGCAAGAUAGUGUUAACCGCGACUAUAGACAUCUUCAACAAUGUGGUAGCGAAGUUGUUGCCGACACCGAGCAAGAUGCACUACUUGUUCAACUUGCGAGAUAUCUCCAAGAUAUUCCAGGGUUUGCUGAGAAGUAACAAGGACUAUCAGAAUACGCGGCCGCGGUUUCUGCGGCUAUGGGUGUGCGAAUGCUUCAGAGUGUUCUCUGAUCGACUUAUUGAUACCAAAGAUCGCGAUUGGUUCAUGAACCACAUGGGCGACCAGUUGGGCAAGCACUUCGAGCUGACGUUCCACGCGCUGUGUCCCAACAAGCAGUCGCCGCUUUUCGGACACUUCCUCAACCCGUUCGAGGUCUACGACGACUUGAAUGACCCUGAUGCUCUUAGAAAGUAUAUAACGGUUCAGCUGGAGGAAUACAACAGUUGUCCCGGUGUAGUGAAGAUGGAUCUGGUGUUGUUCAAGGACGCCAUUGAGCAUAUCGUGCGGAUUGUUCGAGUCAUCUCCCAGCAGAGAGGAAAUAUGCUGUGUGUGGGGAUUGGUGGUUCGGGACGUCAGAGCUUGACCCGAAUUGCGUCGUAUAUAUGCGAAUGCAACUCCUACCAAGUGGUAGUGACCAAGACUUACGGUGUCAAGGAUUUCAGAGAAGACUUGAAGGUGCUAUACUCGGCAUGCGGCGUGGAUGCUAAGCUGAUGACGUUCAUAUUCUGCGACACGCAGAUAGUAGAGGAGUCCUUCACAGAGAUCAUCAACAACCUGCUUAGCAGCGGGGAGAUCACCAACCUGUACAAACCGGAUGAGUUUGAAGACAUAAAAUCGGCUCUAGAGAAGGCUAUGAAGGCGGCUGGCAUAAUGCAGACCCAAGAAGCCGUGUAUCUGUUUCUUGUGGAGCGAGUGCGAGCCAAUAUGCGUAUUGUACUGUGCUUCAGCCCUAUUGGCGAUGACUUCAGAAACCGUAUCCGUCAAUACCCUGCGCUGAUAAACGCGACGACCACCAAUUGGUUCUUGGAGUGGCCGCGAGAGGCGCUGCUGGAAGUGGCGUACAAGUUCUUGGAAGGAGUCGAGCUGUUGGCUUCUAUUACAGGAACAAGGGUGAAGAGAAAGGAGUCUAUAGUAGAAUCCCGCGAGGACACGCUCCGUGCGUCGGUGGCGUCUAUAAUGUCGCUGAUCCACUCUUCAGUCGGCCGGUACUCCAUUAAGAUGUGGCAGGAGAUGAGGAGGACCAACUACGUCACGCCUACCAAUUACUUGGAGCUCGUGACUGGGUAUAAAGAAAUGCUGAAAGCGAAACGAUACGAGAUAGCCUUGCAAGCGAACAAGCUGCGCAAUGGGCUGGGGAAGCUGGAAGAGACCACCAAACUGGUCGGAGAGAUGUCUGAGGAGCUGUCUAUUGCUCAGGUUCAAGUGGCAGAAUACACAGAACAGUGCAUAGAGUACAUGGGCGUGAUCAACGUGCAACAACGCAACGCGGACGAACAGCAACGCAGCGUUGCGGCCAGGAGCAAGAAGACUGCUGAGGAAGAGGUGCAGUGCAAGAAGCUAGCUGAUGCAGCCAUGAGGGACCUGCAAGCUGCCAUGCCUGCUCUUGAGGAGGCUAUUAAGGCCCUAGAUGCUUUGAACAAGAAGGAUAUUUCUGAAGUAAAGUCUUACGCGAAGCCUCCGCAGAAAGUUGAAAUGGUUUUAGAAGCGGUGCUGAUAUUGUUACAGAAAGAACCGACUUGGGCGGAAGCGAAGCGGCAACUUGCUGACCAAUACUUCCUGGACCGUCUCCGAGAGUUUGACAAAGACAAUAUACCAGAUAAAGUGCUGAAGAAGAUCGGAACAUACACUUCGAAGCCGGACUUCGACCCCGAGAUAGUGGGAACUGUAUCUGCCGCGGCCAAGUCGCUUUGCUUGUGGGUGCGCGCAAUUGAGAAAUACGGAAAGAUUUAUAAAAUCGUGAAACCCAAGAAAGAGCGUCUAGAAGAGGCGUUAGAAUCAUUGCGUAUGAAGCAGCAGAUUUUGGCCGAAGCCCGUGCUAAGUUAAAAGAGUUGAGUGAAAUGAUCGCUCGCUUGCAAAGAGAGUAUGAUGAGAAGGUGGCACAAAAGGAAGAGUUGGAACGAAAGUCUAGAUUGCUGCAGUUGAAGUUGGAGAGAGCUGAAGCGUUGAUUGCUGGGCUUUCAGGCGAGAGAGAAAGAUGGGAGGCCACAGUGGAACGCUUGGACAAGGAGUUUGAUAAUUUGCCCGGGGAUUGUUUGAUUGCUACCGGCUUCGUCGCGUACCUCGGCCCCUUCGUCUCCGAGUACCGGGAAGAACUGAUGAGUGAAUGGUUUAUAGAGGUAUUUAACGAAGCAGUACCAGUGACAAUGGAUCUAAGCAUGAAGUACUUUUUGCUAGAUGACGCUACACUUCGAGAUUGGAAUUACAUGGGACUGCCUGAUGAUAACUUCAGUGCUGAGAAUGGCAUCAUAGUGGUGAGGGCCACGCGAUGGCCCCUCGCUGUCGACCCUCAGGGUCAAGCUCUCAUCUGGAUAUCACGGUUGGAAGAACAUAAUGAAAUCCAGCUUGUAGACUUCGGUCAACCAAACUAUCUGAAGAUAAUGGAAAAUUGUCUAGCAGAUGGAAAACCCAUCCUAAUUCAGAAUGUGGGCGAAGUUUUUGAUCCGUCCAUUGCGCCGAUACUGGACAAGGCUAUUGUCACUAUUGGCAACUCUCAGGUUAUCAAGUUUAAUGACAAAAUGGUCUCAUACAACACUGCAUUCAGGAUGUAUUUGACUACUAAAUUGGGGAAUCCAGUAUAUACACCAGAAACUCUAACAAAGACGACUAUGGUGAACUUCGCGGUGAAGGAGCAGGGUCUGACGUCACAGCUGCUGGGCAUCGUGGUGCGCAAGGAGAAGCCGCAGCUGGAACAGAUGAAGGACAAUCUCGUGCUCACCAUAGCUCGGAACAAGAAAGUUUUGGUGGACUUAGAAAAUGAUUUGCUACGCAUUAUGUUCGAGUCACAAGUGCCUCUGUUGGAAAACGAAGAGUUGUUCGUAACUCUGCAGACUUCACAACGAACCUCACUCGAGGUGAAGGAAGCGCUGGCUACUUCAGAAGUGACUGAGAAGGAAAUCGACGCUGCCCGAUCGGGUUAUGUCCCGGUGGCGGUUCGCGCUUCAGUCCUGUUCUUCGCUUUAAAUGACCUGUCCCGCAUCGACCCUAUGUACCAGUUCUCUCUGGAUGCCUACACCGACCUGUUCACGUACUCCAUAGACCGCAGCGCCAGGAGUCUGGAGCUUGAAGACCGGAUAAAUAACCUGAAUGAGUUCCAUACUUACGCUGUUUACAAAAACACAUGUCGCGCCGUGUUCGAGCGUCACAAGCUCCUGUUGUCGUUCCACAUUGUUGCUCGCAUCCUCUUCCAAUCCGGCAAGAUGAGCAUGGGAGAAUACAUGUUCCUACUAAAAGGCGGUGUGGUGUUGGACCGAUCCGAACAACCUGAUAACCCUACCAAUUGGAUGCCGGACGAAUGCUGGGAUAACAUCACUGAAUUGGACAAGAUUCCCGGGUUCCACGGCGUCAUCGACUCCUUCGAGACCUUCAGCAAGGAGUGGAAGGAGUGGUACCUGCACCCUGAACCAGAGACAUUGCCCAUACUUGGCGAAUGGAACGACAUCUGCAACGACUUCCAGCGCAUACUGUUCAUCCGGUCGCUGCGCGUGGACCGCGUGUCAGCGUGUAUCACCACCUUUAUUGUUAGCGUGCUUGGCCCGCGGUACGUCGAGCCUCCCGUGCUUGAUAUCAGGGCGGCGUGGGAGGAGUCAACCUGGAAGACAUCUCUUUUAUUCGUUCUGUCUCCCGGAGUGGACCCGACGGCGGCACUUAUUCAGCUCGCGACAGACGUGAAAAUGUUCGACAAGUUCCAGACACUCAGUUUGGGACAGGGUCAAGCGCCAACAGCUACCAGAUUGCUAUCGGCUGGUAUGAAAGAAGGCGGCUGGGUGUUCCUAGCUAACUGCCACUUGGCUUGUCAAUGGCUAGGGUCUCUCAGAGGUCUAGACAAUCCUAAGAUACACCCACGGUUCCGACUGUGGCUGUCUUCGAUGCCCGAUGAUAAGUUCCCCUUGGGCGUGCUGCAGAGGAGUAUCAAGAUGACUACUGAGCCUCCUCAGGGUCUGAAAGGCAACUUAGUCCGGCUGUUCGCGAACAUCAAUGAAGAGAAGUUCGACGAGGCUACCCCAAUGUACCGUCGCUUGUUGUUCUGCGUGGCUUUCUUCCAUUGCACACUGAUCGCACGCAAGCGGUUCCGACAACUCGGCUACAAUGCUGUUUACAGCUUCAAUGACGCUGACUUUGACGUGUCAGAUAACUUGCUGGCAAACUAUCUAGAAGAAUAUGAGGAAGUUCCGUGGGACGCACUGCGGUACUUGUUCUCUAUAAUUAACUAUGGCGGGCAUAUCACAGACGACUGGGACAAGCGCGUGCUCAUCGCGUAUAUCAACCAAUUCUUCAACGAAGAAGCUCUGGAUACCAACUUCUACAGAUUAUCGAGUAUCCCAGCUUAUCACAUCCCACGCGACGGCAGUUUGGAAUCGUAUCGCGAUUUCCUGGACUUGUUACCGCCAUCGGAACGCGCCGAGUCCGUCGGACAACACGCUUCCGCCGAUGUCGCUACCUUAGCCCAGGAUGCAAUUAUAUUGUGCACCACGCUGUUUCAACUUUCAUCUACUGGCGGCGGCGGCGCGGGCGGAGGGGAAGAUCAGAAGGUGGACGAUUUAGCCCAGGAAAUGAUCCAGAAGCUCCCCGGUAAGAUCGACGUGGAGACGACCGAGAAGCUGAUGGGCCCCGAGAUAGUGAUGCCCAUGUGCGUUUCCUUGCUGCAGGAGCUCGAAUACUACAACACGCUUAUAAACAAGAUUACUUCUGGAUUACGGGAAUUACGUCGUGCUAUCGAAGGAUUGGUGGUAAUGUCUGAGGAACUUGAAAUUAUGUAUCACUGCAUCUUUGAAGGACGAACACCUGUGUUUUGGAUUAAAGGUCGUCCGUCCAUGAAGCCACUGGGCUCGUGGUGUCGCGAGCUGUUCCUGCGUGGGCAGCACCUGUCAGCCUGGGCCAACGCGCCGCGCUCGCCGCCCACGCUGUGCUGGCUGCCGGCCCUCGUGGUACCCACUGGCUUCCUCACUGCCGUUAUGCAGACAACUGCUAGAGCGGAGAGCUGGCCUAUAGACACGCUAUGCUGGGAGUUCACCGUGUUGCCUCUAGAAGAGUCUGCAUUCGUGAGACCGCCACGAGACGGCGGCGUUUAUAUUAGGGGGCUAUUCCUAGAAGGUGCGAGUUGGUUCAAGAAGGACGGCUAUUUGGCUGAACCUCUGCCUAUGCAGCUCGUGUUCCCUAUGACACCCAUACACUUCAAGCCUAUCAAGGCCACAGGCAGACGGCUGAAAAAUCGCUACAUCUGUCCGUGCUACUACUACCCGUUGCGUAAGGGCGCGUUUGUAGUGGCAACAGAUUUGCCUGCAGGGAAGGAAAACGCAGAAUUUUGGGUCAAACGAGGCACCGCCAUGCUAUGCACACUCGCUAUUUAGUUCUAUAUUUGUUAACGGCAUAUUAAGCGUAAUACUUGCUCCGCUCUUAGGUUAACGUCGUGUCUUAUAGGGAAGUCAAGGAAUUGGGCUUUGAUAGACUGGAAUGGAAAAUGCAACACCGACAAGAGCGUGGCUCUUAAAUUGGUGAUGAUGACUUAUUCCGCAGCGUUAUCCCGUUUUUCACAGGGUCCGCUUACCUUACCUGAAGACGUAAAAGUUCUAGUAUUUUUUUUUUACAUUAAUCAAAGCUUUGUUUAACCAGUGAUCCCACAAAAUGCCACGAAAGUGUGGAGGCGGCUUCUUAAAACAAUUUAAUUUGACAAAAACCCCGGUGUCGAAUAAAACUUUCGUCAUCACUAAUUUAAGAGCCACGCUCUUGUCGGUGUAGCAUUCUCCAUGCUACUUUUAGGGAAAAAUAGGGCAGUGGUUUCCAUCUUGCCUUCCGCUCCGAAUAAAACGUUACGACGGUUGAAAAAUAGGUUUUAGAGGUUCACGCCCUGUUGUCUUAAAUUGCACCGGGUGAGAGCCCUCAGCGCUUCCCAUUUGUCCGGCCAACUUAAGUUGUUAAUGCCAUCUGCGGCAAACCAAAAAAAAGUCACAUCAAAAAGAAACUGUGGGUUGUAAGUAGGAAAUGAUCUCGUCAAAUUUUUCGGGAUCAAUUCCGAAGCAUAAUAUGACCAUAUCCCGUUCGAGAUUGACGAGAUUGGGUGAAUCUCCUUGACUUAUACUUUUUGUUUUGAUUAUGCUGAUUUCCAAAGAAAACUUAAUUAUUUAGUUAGUGUACGCGACAACCGAAAAGAUUACAGCAGCAACAGUAAUGAAAUCAUAUAGAAAAACUCGUAAACAAAUAUCGAAUAUGAAACGCCGAAAAACAUAUGUUUAAUGUCAAAAUUGACAAUCGGAGAAUGACAGAUGACAGAUAAACGGGCACCAUUCACAGGACAAAAAUAAGGAACACCGCCACCAUUACGAAUCUGUUUGGAAAUAUCGAUAAAUAAUUCAGUAGCGCCAUCUGUUAUCGAGAAGCCAAAGAUUGCUGUCAUCUGUCAAAUAUAUGUCUGCUCUGCUCAUUUAUAUCUCCCUCUCGCUCACUCUUUAAUUCUGCUACUCGACAAUAGAGGGCAG